GCAGACCCCGUCAAAUUACUCGUCACUUUUAUCAAAUGGAUGUUGUUCGAAUGCAAUCUGGGGAAGAAGAUUUCGAAUUGAAGCAGAUGAGAGAUAUGGCUGCUGCUAAGAAAAGAUGGGAUGCUAUGUGACAAGUAAAUCAUCAACAUAGACGAGGAGAGCAAUAAAGUGUUGAUCUUUUUGAUAAGAGAAGAGACAAUGAUCAUGACUUGAUUGUAGAAAGCCGUAUUGGAUUAGAAAGUGUCAUAAUUCAGAGUUCCAUUGUCUGGAUGCUUGCUUUAAACCAUAAAGAGAUCUUUGAAACUUGCAUACUUCUCCCAUUUUUGCUCUGUCAUAGCCUUCUGGAGGUUGCAUAUACACUUCCUCAUUUAAAAAUCUAUGGAGAAAUGCGUUGUUAACAUCCAGUUGGUGUAGUGGCCAUUGUUUAGCUGCUGCAACUGCCAUUAAGAUUCUGACUGUAACCACUGUUGCUACUGGUGAGAAGCUGUCAAUAUAGUCUACUCCUUCCACUUGAUGAUAACCCUUUGCAACCAACCUUGCUUUAUAUUUUUCUACUGUCCAAUCAGGUUUCAGCUUCAAUUUAAAGAUCCAUCUGCAUCCGAUGGCUGAUUUUCCAAGAGGCAGGACAGUUAAAGUCCAUGUUCGGUUCAUUUCCAAUGCUGCUAGUUUCCAUUGCUUGUAUCCACUCACUGGAUUGUUUUGUUUCCUUAUAAGUUUUUGGCUCUUUCAACAUGGUAACAUUCGCCAAAAAAUUGGAGUGAUCAGCAUCCAAAAUGGAAUUGGAGAUAAAGGGAAAGGUCUUGGCAUCAAGAUUGGGACAGCGGAUGCCUUCUAUUUGCAGCAUAUCAGAAUCUAAAACUUGGACUUCGGUCGAUGUACUUGUAUCGGCUCAGGGAUGGAAAGGUUAAGGUUCUGACACCAAGAGAAGCAGGGUAUGCCAUUCAACUUUCUGGCAAACCACUACUUGAUGUUCGACCCUCUACUGAACGUGAGAAGGCAUGGGUGAAAGGUUCGACUUGGAUUCAUAUUGAUGUGAUGAUCAAUUUGAUGUGGGAACUCUUUCAAGAAAAGUCACCAAAUUUUGUGAUGGGAGGUUGGUGGAGCGGUGCACCUAAAUUAUCUUAUUACAAGCAGUUCUUGUUAAAAGUUGAGGAAAAGUUUCCAAAAGAUGCUGAACUUAUUGUUGCUUGCCAGAAGGGUUUGAGAUCUCUAGCUGCUUGUGAGCUACUUCUCAAUGCUGGCUAUAGAAAUCUUUUCUGGGUUCAAGGGGGUCUUGAGUCUGCAGAAGAGGAAGAUCUUGUCAGAGAAGGACCUCAGCCUUUGAGGUUUGCUGGAAUUGGUGGGAUCUCAGGGUUCCUUGGUUGGACAGACCAACAAAGAGUUGCUGCUGGCAAAGAAGGCUGGGGUUAUCGAUUGCUGUAUUCUGCCCGUCUCAUUGGAGUCUUUCUUGUUGCUGAUGCCUUGUUUAUUGGUGCUCAGCAAGUAGGUCGUUAUCUUCAGGGUAUAAGGUCUCACUGACCUUUUGUUGUCAGGCUCCAGAGUAGUUUGCCAAGGGAAAUGAUGCUUUCUCUGUAGACUCACUGAAGACUUCUUUGAAAUCUGUAGUCGGCAAAGAAAGGGAGUUACCUGCUUUGAAUAUAUAAAUUGUUCCCGUGAUGCAUUCAGAUUGUAUAACCUUUGCCCCCAUUUUGUGUAGUGAUUCUCUUAUCAAGUUUUGUGUAAUAAGUACUGGUAUGAGAAAAGAUUUUGGUUAACCAGAUGCUUGAAUUUUGGAUUUCUUCUGCCUAAUGACAUGUAUGUUCUGUUAAGUUCAUUUGGAGCAGUAAGUUCUUUGUGAUGUUGCACUUUCGUGGUAUAUUUCAGGGAAGACUUGGGAAUUUUUUGUUACCA